UAUUGUUUUAGACUACGGUGUGUUUUUAAUCUCAAAAUCUUUUGCAGUUUCAUGGCGAAGUCUUUUUAAAAACCAAAAAGCAAUGUUUGCUUGUCUUCGUUUGCUUCUGCCAAAGUAACGUUUAGGAAGCUAUGGCUCAAGACACAAAAUGGAGCGUCCAUGACAACAUUUGGAACUUUUCUGUUACAGAACCACAACUUCACAGAAAAGGGUACACAAUUUACAAAGUAACUUGUCAGACAUUCCCUAUCAGGUCUCCUGAGGCUUUAACAGAGCUUAUUUGCUGGAAAAGAUACAAUGACUUCAAGACACUCCACAAAGCUCUCUUAGCUCUCCACAAGGCACUGCAUAGAAAAGACCAAUUCCCAGAAUUUGCAAAGCCAAAGUUGUUUGGUCGCUUUGAUGAUACAGUGAUUGAGGAGAGAAGGCUUAGUGCAGUCCAGCUUUUAAAUUUUGUUGCCACCCAGCCACAUCUAUACAAGUCUUUAGUUUUUAAACAGUUUCUGGAAGAUGGGAAGUCAAGAUCAGAAUCCAUUAAAAAAGCUGUGGUCAUGACGCCCCACCCUUCCAGCUUAAACAUCCUACACAGCCAGCCAAAGAAAGAUGCAAGUUCCAGCCUUCACUGUGUUGCAGACAGCUCCACUGUAGAAAACAAGAUGUACUUAGAGGGUCCACAACCACUGGCACAUUCCAACCAUACUGCUGAAGCAGGGUGCAACGGCUCUACCAGCAAUAUAUCUAAGUCAGCCAUGUUGGAAGGGACCUGGCAAUUUCCUCAAGUGGCAGACAACAUCAGCCUUGACUCGUCCACUGGGGAUGAAACCAUAGACACAGACGACGACUCAGUGCUGACCGGCUCAUUGCCUGAUGCUGACCUGGCCUUUUUUGAACACAGCGGCCAUGAGGUCGCGUUGACCAGCCCUGAUGACCUCAGCAGCAGUGUUAAUAAUAGUAACAGCUGGCUGCUGGCAGGACUUAACAUGUGCGCUGACUUAGAGUCGGAUGAAGUAGAAGGUAAUGUUGACAACGCAGCCGUGACACCAGUCGACCCAGAACACAGCAGGUCAGACACCAUGAUGAGCACAGAGUCCACCAUCACCAACUUCUCUGCCCUGUCCUCCACCUCAACACUGGCCAAACUCUCUGACCAAGAGUCCUGCGGUGCGGGCAGUAGGAAGGACAGUUUGAGUAGCUCAGGGUUUGUGACCAGCCAAGAGUUUGGUGAGUUUGAUCCCAUCAGGAAAAUGUCCCAGUCUUCUGAUUCAGCCAAGGUUGAGUGUGGCAAAGGGGAUUUGGACUUGUCGGCAGAAUGGCAGGUCAGGUCUUCCAGCUUCUCAUCUCACACUUCAGUGGGAACACAGAGGAGCACAACAGUUGAUGAAAGACAACCAGACUUGAAAUCUCUGGACAUGGACCGGCCAAACUCCGGCAUCUCAUCCAGGUCACAGAGUGUCAGCUCAGAGAAGUCCCAGGACUCAGAGAAAGCUUCCAGUAACAAAUCAACGCCCAGUCGCACCUCCAGAAGUCUCCUGAAGAGGUUUGUGUCUGGCAGCCCCAGUCACAAGAAACCCAGGUCAGCCACGGAGCAGAGUGUGUCAACCAUGGACCUCGGAGGCAAGGAGGACUAUAUCUAUUUAGCAGCAAGUCAGAUCUCCAUGGCCCAGAACAGUGAAGCUAAUGGUGAUUUUGAAGUGGCGUUUGCUUAUUACAAAAGUGGGGUUGGGAUCCUACUUCAAGGAGUCCAAGGUGACACGAACAAGUCAAGGAGGGAUGCAGUGAGAAGGAAAACAGCCCAGUAUUUGAUGAAGGCUGAGGAUCUCUUCAACAGGCACUUGGCCACUGAGAAUGUGGAUGAGAGGAGAUGGGGGGCUGACAGUUUCUUGUCACCAUCCCUGGACCUUGACCCAUCAUUUGCCUUCAUUAGAGGACCAGCCAAAGAACUGCGCAGCUACCAGGUGUUAGGUACAAUUGACAAAGUUAUUUUAGUCAGGGACAAGGCAACUGACGAAACAUUUAUUUUCAAAUCCAUUCCAAAAUCAAUCCCUGAUGGUGCCAGAACACAGAGCAUACUGCCCACCAGCUGCCCCCACAUGGUCAGCCUGCACAAGUUCUACGAGACAGAUGACUCAGUCUUCCUGCUCCUACAGUAUGCCAGUGGGGGCAAACUGUGGACGUACAUUGGGGAUUAUUUAAACAGUGACCAGGGGAAUGCUGGGAUAGAGCUGGACGUCGUGAGAGCUAAGACUGACAAGAUGAAUAUCUAUUCUGGGACCAAGGUUGAGAACAACAGCAAUGCUGACAGCCAACUGACCAGUGGUCAACAGAAUGGAGACUUGGGAGAUCUCAGUAAAAAUGGUGAAGUAGGCAGCAAUGUUUUAGACAGGAACGAACAGUACAAGCAUUCAUUUAAAGGCCAUGAAGCUGGAACUGUCAGAUACUCAUCACUGAUCAUUGAAGAUACAGAUAUGCAAACUGUUCAUAGUUCUGGCUCAGCUAAUGUUGAGGUGGGGAACAUUGACACCAACAUUGAAGAUGGUGAUGAGAUUCAUGACGCAGAGCUGACAGAUUUGCUCAAUUAUUCUUUAAGAAAGCAACCUCUAAACCGGAGGUUCUCCAGCCUGUCAGACGACUGCGCUCAGGUGAAUGAAAACGACAGCAGCGUCAUAUCCCCGACUAUCCUACCCGAAGAGGACCCCUUCCAGACAAUCCUCCAGGAGCACCGCUCCAACCUUGAGGCGUUCUCCAUCAACAGCUUUGACAGUGAAGAUACCCAAAGAUUAAGUUUGUCUUUCCGUGAAAAAAUUGACAGCAUCCCUGAAGACACAGAUACCUCGAGCAGCCCUGCUAAACUUAUGACCACCAGGCAGAUCAGUGCGGACGAGGUUUUUACCUCGGCCAGGAGAGAGGCUAGACAUUCUGACAUGAAAGUGCGUCACGCCAGUACGGAUGGUGCGUUUUUUCACGCCAUAGACAUGCCUGACAACUGCGCUGAUAUUGUGUUGAACUCCAAAAAGUUAAUUGAGCAGGUGGAGAUUGUGCUGAAAGAGACAGAAAACAGAGCUGGGGAAGAAGGUUUUGUAGGGGACCCUGAGAACAGUGCGGAGAAAAACUGCGACAGGGUGUCCAACAUUUCUAACGACUCAGCUGAGGAACCCAGCAUUUACGACAACAACAAGUCAUCAGGGGAUGAGUCAAGUGAAUUCAUCGCAAACGGCACGAGUCAGGUGACGUUGGACAGUCCAACCGUUAACUCGUCCGUUAGCUCCGGGCUUGCCUUGACUGAUGACAAAAGUGUAUUCAAGGCUGAUGAAAUUUCUGACGCUGACAAAAUGUCCAGCUCGGGGUCUACCAACACGAAAUCUUCCACCGUGUCCAGCGUGAAGAGCUCUAUUUUCAGGCAGACCAGCACACCUCACAAGCUGAGCAUCAGCCGGAUGAACUCUAAAGACAUGAUACGGUCGGCCUCGUUUGAGUGUGAUCUCAAGUCCCCCACACGCAACAGGGCCAGGACAGUGACCGACUUGUUUGAGAGACUGGACAGUGCUAACUGUGAGAAGGUUCAGAUCCCAGAGACAAGCAUCAGAAAAUGGAUGGCGCAGUUGGUCACUGCUGUCUCUAGGCUUCACUCCCUUGGAAUAAUCUGCAGGGAUUUAAAACCCAGCAAUGUCCUACUAGGUGAUGGCGGACAGGUGUACCUGACCUACUUUUGCUAUCUAGGUCAUGAUGAUUUUAACCUGGACUGGGAAGCUGUCCAAAACCUGUAUGCUGCACCAGAAGUCGGCUCCAUCCAUGGAUAUGAUAAGUCAUGUGACUGGUGGAGCAUUGGUGCUCUACUGUAUGAGUUGAUUGUUGGGAAGACUCUAGCAGAAUGUCAUCCAGGUGGAAUCAACUCUCACACCUGUCUUUAUGUGCCAACAUUUGUGUCAUCUGAGGCGAGGGGCCUUUUAGAGGGGCUUCUCAAGCACAACCCUCACGAGAGAUUGGGCUCAGGCAUUGCUGGCUCUGAAGAGAUUAAAGCUCACCCCUUUUUUGCUGGAGUUGAUUGGCACAGCUUGGAGUAUUCAUAGCACUGCACUCGUUCGCCUGUUGUACCUCACCCCCAACCUUGACCAUGUGUUCAAUUAGUUAUUGAUCAAAACUUGUUAAUUUGCGAUUUAUUUUACUUUCACUUUGGGUGCAUGUUAUCAGUCCUACAUCAUGAGCAAUUGUUUUAAAUGAGAUUCGGUUAUAAAUUACUUGGUUUACCAACAAGCAUUGUUAGAUGUUUCAACCUUGCAGGAUGUAAAUUUUUUUCAUAUUUAUUGGUAUAAUUUUUUAACAAAAUUAACUUAAAAUUUAAUUUUAAUUUAAAAAAUGUAUAUCUGAAAGUUAAAAGUAAUUGUCUCAGCUAAAUUCAAAGCUUGCAAUUGGAGUUAAAUUUAUCAGUUCCAUGGAAAAAAGUGACUUGGCUGCACCAUUAGUUUAAACUGCAGGUAAAUGCCAAUAAGUGAUAGGUCUUGUAAUUACCUGAAUAGUGGGUAACAGGGUAACACCUGUCUACAGUGGCAGGCAGGUAAAUGCCAAUAAGUGAUAGGUCUUGUAAUUACCUGAAUAGUGGGUAACACCUGUCUACAGUGGCAGAUAAUUGCCUGUAGCCAGGUCUUGUAAUUUACCUUAACAGUGGGUAACACCUGUAUACAGUGGCAGGCAGGUAAUUACCUGUAAGUGAUGGGGCUUGUAAUUACCUGAAUAGUUUAAUCUUGACCUGAAUAGUUUAAUCUUGACCUGAAUAAUUUAAUCUUGUAAUUAGCUGAACAGUAGGUAACAUCUGUAUACAGUGGCAGGUUACCACUUCAUCAAAAAACAAGUCUUUCAAACAAAGCUUGACAACACAUUUUUUUAAUGCACUGUCUUUCUGAUCACAUGACCGAUGUUUUGUUAUUUUUAACUUUGAUUUGUUUUUUAAAAAAAUUGUCUGUUGUUAAGUGAAUUAAAUAUUGCGUAUAUUUGUGUGUUAAACAGUGUGAUAAAUUUCACUUAAUUUAUAAGUCAGUCUGGUGUCUAUGACAAAUAUUUUAACACUGUUUGUGAUAUAUUUUUAUGAGUACACACGUUUUUAAAAUUGGUAUGAUAUGUAUUUAAGUGUAAACACAUUUUUAAAUUGGUAUAAGACAUUUUUUUGUAUAAACAUUUUUUUAAUACUUUUUGAUUGGUAAUUGAAAAUUUCCAUGUCAACUUUUUAAAUUCUUGUGUUUGAUUCAUUAAUUAAGCCAAGUGUUUAUAAUUUUUAAAAAUCUUAUUUUUUUAAAUAUACUUAAUAUGUAUUUAAAUCACCAGUUAUGAUGGUCGAUUUGUUUUAGUUUGUAAUGAGUGUAUGUGGACACAACAUGACAACUGUAAAUAAAACAUGACCUCACUUUUUGUCAAAUUAAAAUAAUCUAGUGUAAUAAUUCAGAAUUUCAAGAGACCAGUUGGAGUCAUUGAAGUUUAAACUUGGUAAAUUUGGCCUUUGAGCCAUCUUGUCGCAGGAUAAUCCCACCUUAACACACCUAUUUAACUAUUGUCAUCAAAGUUUUGUUUUUAUAAAGAGUUUGAAUAAUUUAGUUUCAUACCAUUUCCAAAAAAAAAUUACGAUCCAGUUAAUUAUUAGCCAGUCAUAUCAUGGUUGUGUGAAUAUUUUUUAAUGGAUUUCUUUGUUCUGUAAAUGUAAAUUUUAAACAAAGAAACUUAGCAUUUUUUGCUGCUGAAUACUCUUAUAUGAAUUGAAAAUCAGUUACUAAUGCAUAUAUUUAAGUACAAAUUUUAAAUGCUUUUAACUGGAUUUUAGUUGUAGGAACAGUUUGUGAAUUGUAGUAUUUUCUUAUGCUGGUUUGUAUGUGCUAUGAUUUUACUUGUAAAUCCUUUGAUUCAAAUCUAGUCUCCUUGUUGGCAGUGAAGAUAUUGUUGUCUUAAAUUUUUUAAGAACAUAUUUUGUAUAAACUACUUAACUGGAAGUUAUUGUAAACAAAAAUAAAACAAACACAAUAUUUGUAAUGGUAAAUGCUGUAUCCCAUAGUCAUGGUGACCACAAUUUUUAUUUUGCUUUGCCAAACGGAAAAGUUCCCACCUGAUCAGGAUGUUACUUGAGUUUCCUCUUACUCUCCUUACCUUACAAAGUUCUCCCAUAUCAAUAGGGCUUGUAAGUCACUGUCUCUUUCGAUUAAAAUUCGAAAUCUUGUUAGCCAGGGAAAAAUCUACAUUUUUGGACUUAAAUAAUUGCUAUUUGUUUUAAGCCUCGCUUCAACAUUUAAUAAUACCAAAAGUAUCCAAAAUGCAAAAAUUAUACAUUUUUGUACUAAUAAUAAAAACAAGUAACGGUAUGCCUACCGCUAGCACAGGCUGUCCGGUGACCUACUUACCAGCCCUAUUCAUGUCUCUUUUUGACCAGCUUUCAUUACUUGAGUUAGCCUGUGAUCCCAUACAUGGACAUAGGCCACAGACAAGAUUUUCUCUGGGAUAUCCUGGGUCCAGUCUUGAACUAACCUUCCUUUUGACAGUAACCAUAGCAAUGAACCACUGUUGUCAGGACCCCAUGGUUCUGUUUGGCCAUCAUUUGUUUUUUCAUGUAAACAUUCUUUCACUUUGAAGUCAAAUUAAAUUAAUGUUUGGCCAAAAAGUCCCCUAAGAACAGGAUCAGGUGCAGUGCAGAAUGUAAAAUUGUAGACGUUUCUCUAUCAAUGUUAAUCUUAAGUAAAUAAUGAAGUAUUAAAUUCUGAGAUUACUUUAUUAAAAUAUCUCAAUAGCAAGUUUUCUGAUACUGUGGUUUCCUACCAGGGCACUUUCAUAAAGAACUUAAGAAAAUGUGGAUUACCACACUAUAGGGGAGAUAACAGGUUGAUUCCACCUCAUUUACUAGCAUCAUAUGAGAUAAAGUAUUAACAUUAUUACCUGUCUAGAUUUUCAGUAGUACUUAGAUUUACAAAAGAGGUGGGAAUACAGCAGUUAUCAACAAAUAUUAAAUGCAUGUAUCACAUGGAAAUAUGGAGUUAACAGUCAAUUUAUAAGUAUUAAAUAUUUUGUUGUUGAUGUACUUGGUUAUUAUGUAAAUUGAAUUAAAUUGAUCCGUACUUAAAAGA